CCGCGAAUUCCCCACGCUUUAGCCCAUUACUUCAUUUCUCGUUAUAAGCUUCAUCUGGCUAAGCCAUCAUUUUGUCAUAUGUGAACAAAAUCCCACUCAAUUCUAUAUUUCUGAUUAAAAAAAAAAAAAAAGAAAACAACGGAUGAUCCAUUUACUUAUUACAUAAUCUUUUUCUUAUUGGCAUAUAUUUUCUAUAUGGCCGAUCCUCAUGAUAGUGCGCCGUCCGGAGAACAAGUCCCAGCUAACCCUUUUCUGCUGCCAGAGGACCAAUCGCCGCGCCUCACGUCAUCGAAUCCGUCACCUAGAACCAUUCGAUCUCCGGGUGGGUAUUCCAGUUAUCCAUCUAGCGGAAGGCAUCCGAGUUAUAGGGGAAUUCGAAGCCGAAGCGGCAAAUGGGUGUCGGAGAUCCGGGAGCCACGUAAAACUACACGUAUAUGGCUGGGUACGUACCCUACUCCUGAAAUGGCAGCAGCCGCCUACGACGUCGCAGCUCUCGCCCUCAAAGGCCCUGAUACGCCCUUGAACUUCCCCGAAUCUAUUAUAUCUUACCCAAUACCAACAUCCAUGUCAGCCAGCGACAUACGGGCCGCGGCAGCUAGUGCAGCAGCGGCCAGGCAGCCCAAGAUAGAAACCGGUUCAAUCCUGGAUGAGGGUCGGGCUGCCGCGGAAGGCACGUCUAGCAGUACAAGCCGCGUUGAGUCAGGCCAAGAGUUUAUUGACGAGGAAAUGUUUCUAAACUUGCCAAAUUUGCUGGUGGACAUGGCAGGAGCAAUGAUGGUGAGCCCGCCAAGGAUAAACACGCCAUCGUCGGAUGAUUCGCCAGGGGAUUCGGAUGCAGAAGGCCUAUGGUCCUACCAGUAAAUGAACCCCUUUUCUCCAGUUAUAAUAGUGAUUUAAAUGGUAAUGUAAGAAGUUGUUCUUAUUCAAAGCUUGGUUUUGCUUAGAUUCUAGCUACCUAGUAUUGAAGGGCGUGCAUCACUAUCAGUCUAUAGGAAGGUAGCAUAAAAGCUGCUAGGUGAUUUUGCUGCUUCUUGUUGUUAAUUAGCUGUAUCUUUCGUGCUUGUUUUGGGUUAAAGACUAGGAAACUUUCCUGUGUCAUCUCGAUGAGAUGAGUCUGAUAUUUUAUAGUACGGAGGGUCUCUCAUCCCCACAAUUGUUUCACUUUUUUCCCUGUUUUGGGUCUCGAAACAUGGUCAGAAAUUUAUUGAUAAA